GUCUUCGCACGAAUGCACAGUUUCUCUUUCAUUCAAUUCGACUUCAAUGGCGAAAAUCGAUGAGAGAGCCCGAGAAAGAAACGUGCCUUCUUCGUAUUUUCUAGGAUGUUUUGGAUUUUCCCGUAAAAUAUACUCCGACAAGGGGAUGGUUGAGACGGAGAAGGGUGGUGAGAUGAAUACGAAGAUGAAGAAGAAUAAGAAGCCAAGUCGGUGGCUUCUAUGUUCUAAGUUUCGCUCGAAGAACAGAGAGAUCAAACCGGCGCCGAUCGAGGAAACGGAGAAACAGACUUUGAGUGUGGAACAUGAAACUGAUAAGAAGAAACCCGUCCCGCUGAUAAGUCGUAUGGCUGAUCGUAAGAAUAUUCCGGCUGAUGAGAAGACCGCCGUGAAUCAUGAAACAAAAGAGACAAAACCGAAGGACUUGCAAGUCGUAACCACCGACCGAUCAAAACCCACUGAGCCUUCCUCCAGAAGAGACACGUGUCCUGAACGUAUAUCGAACUCAACCCGUUAUGGGAAACUCGACAUGAAACCGUCUCGGGAGAAAAACGGGUCACGGGUCGAAGAGUUUGACCCGGUGAUUGGUAUUUCGGUCAUUGUAUUGACACUGGUGAUUAUGUUAGUUUGGGGUCGGCUCUGUGCGAUUCUAUGUACAUCCGCUUGGUGUUACUUUCUGCCUCGUCUCAGAGACGCAGCCGCGUUAGCAAAACGCAAACGCAGCGGUAGCGACGGUUCUUCGUGUUUGCCUGAUUUGAAUUCAGAGUCGUAUAAAAGAAAAGUCGUUAUGGACGGGUUUCUUGGCCGGCAAAAUCGCGUUUCAUUGUCGUGACGAUCUCUCUUUUUUUUUUUUAAUAUGUUUCUAUAUUAUAAUGGGGUUGGUCAAACAUUUUUUUUUUUUGUUUUCUUAAGCAAACAGUGUAUCCGUUUAAUAACGAUGAUUGAUCGAUUGUGAAUGGAUACAUUAAGUGGA